AUGAGCAAGCUGGUUUCAGACCACCUCAUAGUGGAACAGUCGGUAGAAUGGCGAUCUCCACUAUAUCUGAUAUUCAUCGACUUCGCCAAAGCAUUUGAUACUAUCCACCAUCAGGCUAUUUGGCACGCACUUCGAUGUAAAGGAAUUCCACCUAAGCUAAUCGUCCUUAUCAGAGCUCUGUAUGGCAACUCAACAAGUCGAGUACUACAUGAACGCAUGUUAGGCAAUCCGAUUGAUGUAAGCACUGUUGUACGACAGGGAUGUAUCCUAUCUCCGCUGUUAUUCAAUAUUGUAUUGGACUCAAUUAUGCAGCAAUCCACCCGCAUUAGAACAGGCAUUACAUGGGGUAUGAAUGGUCGACUGGAAGAUCUUGAUUGUGCUGAUGAUAUUUGCCUGCUCGCACACAACGACAGCUACAUAUCAGCCAAAUUGGAUGAGAUACAUCAGCUGGCAUCGGGUGUAGGCAUUCAUAUUAACUUCGACAAAACUAAAGUUCUACGCAUCAAUGCAAUUAAUCUCUAUAAAUUCAAGGUCAACAACAUAGAGCUCGAGGAUGUGCAAUUGUUCUGCUACUUAGGUAAUAUCAUAUCCACCACAGGCGGCUCACGUAAUGAUAUGGGAUAUCGCAUAGGAAAGGCAAAACAGUCAUUUGGUGCAUUACAUAGAGUGUGGAAGUCACCACAGAUACAUAGGAAGACUAAGCUCCGCCUUUUCUCCUCAAAUGUUCGCUCCACCCUGCUAUUUGGAUGUUAUUUUUGGCAUAUUACAGAUCUGCAUUUAGAUACAAUAUAUUCAACGCAGGGAGAUGUUAUGCGCAGUUGUUGGCGCAUUGAAAGACAACCACCCAGUUCGUCCACACAUUCACCAGGUCGUUAUGGUGAUUACCUCUGUGAUAGUCCUUGGAGUCUAAUUGAGUCGGCUGCCAAAGCAAUGAAAUCACGGCAGGGUGAUAAUGUUGAGUUUGUGCUGUGGACAGGAGAUGGUUUAUCUCACUCAGCACAUCCAAUGUCUGAAAUGAAAAAAUUGGAAAUCAUGCGCAACAUUACUGAUUUGCUUGGUCGAACAUUUUCAUCGCAAUUUGUAUUUCCGGUAUUAGGACAUGAGGAUGGUACAACAACGAAUUUCCGGCACAUGGGCGAACUGUGGCGACAUUGGCUGCCAACUGAAGCAUUGCAUACAUUUGAAAAAGGUGGCUACUAUUCCAUUGAGCAAACAAAAAGUCGUCUUCGUAUUAUAGCAUUGAAUACAAAUUUCAUGCGGCAUGAUCCAAAAUAUUCCCAAAGUCAUUUGGCAGCCGUACGACAACGUAUGCCUUCAAACACAAUGAACUCGGGCGGCAGCAUGGGCGGUGGAGGUGGUGCUGGUGGUGGUGGUGGCACGGGCUCUGAUUCAACAGAAUACAAAAACUAUUAUUACCACCAUAACAAUAUGCAUCAACAUCAUGGACAUGCUAGUGAUUGGUCAUCAUCCGGACAUGGUUAUGGCUAUAAUAGUCAUCAUCGUGGCAUAAAUGUUAUGCCGGGGGGAAUGCAUUACAAUACAAAUGGUUUGGAUGGUGGUGGACGUGUCAGUGCAUUGUCUGAAUUUGAAAAUCAAGAUACGGAAAAACAAUGGAUAUGGUUGGAAGAUGUUUUAUCUAAAUCAAAAGCCAACAAAGAAACGUCCAGACAAGGCUCUGGUUGUCAUUUAUUUAACAAGACCUUUAAUGGUAACAACGAUGAAGAUAAUGAUGAUGAUAAUGAUGAAGAAGAUUAUAAUAAUGAUGAUGAAGAUAAUGAAUAUAAUGAAGCUUAUGAUAAUUGGGAUAUUUGUGAUGAAUUUUAG